AUGGACAAUGGCGAGGGUCACAAUGCGGAAUUCGCAAAGGCCGACAGAUUAUCCAAUCGAACACGCUCCGCCAGCGGAAGCAGCACCCACAAACGCAGCCUCUCAGGCUCUCUAUUGUCUAAGCUCUCCUUCCUGCGCAUGAGCCAAAUAACACAAUCCGGAUCGGCCCACAUCAUGGAUCAUGAUGGCGAUAACGAAUACUUACCAUCCCUCAUGCCCCAAAUCAAUAACGAAGCAUCGGAACGCGGAAAGGCGAUGGCGGCGGUAAUCCAACAACAGCGGCGGACAAGGCGACGACGAGGCUCAUUAAGAAAGACUGCAUUGUUGGGUACAAGGAUGGAGUCACGCGAUAAAAGGGCUUUAAGCAAGAAUGCUGAGGCGGCUCGUGCGGAAGCCCCCCGAUUCCAAGACGACAACGAUGCGCCGAGGCCGCUCUCUCCAAAGGACAAGGCCCCCCCGUCCCAGGAGAACAACGACUUCUCAAAAGAAACAUCCGACAAUGUCGAACAUCCUCCGCGACCAAGCUGGUUACGCCCUAUGUCAGCGCUGAAAACCCCCCGCUCGACUGUCGCGCAGAGACGCCAAGGUCUCACGCAACAUACCCCCAACACCCAAAACAACCACCUAGGCGAUGAGACCGCCACAGACGACGAAGAGCUCAUUUCCUUUCCCCGAAUUAGCACAAACACAACUUCCUCCGGCGCUCCCAUUCCCUCCACAAGCACCACCAUUCACGCCCAUCCAUCUUCCAGCUCUGACUCCUACUACCCCCUCCAACCGGACGACCCAUACCGACCCGUCCGCGCCAAAACCUCCCCACUGGCAACACACCCCGUCGAGAAAAGCGCAGACAUCACAUGGGAUUACUCCGAGACGGAAUCAUGGGGCUGGAUCAUCCUCCUGGUAACAUGGCUAGUCUUCGUCGUGGGCAUGGGCAGCUGCUUUGAGGUCUGGAGCUGGGCGUGGGAUGUUGGAGAGACACCGUAUGCGCCUCCGGAGCUGGAGGAUGAUCCGACACUUCCGAUUGUGGGGUACUAUCCUGCGCUGAUUAUUCUUACGGCUGUUAUGUCGUGGGUCUGGGUUGUUGUUGCUUGGAUUGGGAUGAAGUAUUUCAAGCAUGCGAAUAUAUCGGGGGAUGAUAGUUGA